CUCGUCGAUCUAUUCACAGAAGCAUAUAGCCAGCCGAGCGCAUCCAUAAUCUAUCUCAUAGGUGAGCUAUCGAUCUGCUUCCUUGGCCCGCUGUCAUCCUCUCGAUCUGUGCGACCAGUCGACGCGAGAAGGAGGACCCGGCGAUCCAGCGUGCAUGGACCUCUGGCCGAAGGAGGCUCGAUGGGCGUCAUCUCUGGCGAGCCUUUGCCCUUUGACGACGUCCAGUCUCGUGAUCCGAAGCCAAGUCGCUGCAGCCAGCUUCUAUCCGUUGGACUGAGGACCACAUGAGCAAGAGCUGACAAGGUUUUGCUGCUGCUGUACAGUACAAAGAGCACUUGCCCUUUGACAAGGACGUUCCCUUGCUCGAGCUGUGUGGGGAGCAAGCGCACGCACAACCACACAAGAUGAAGUCCAUAAGACGGUCCCUGAACAAGGACAAGAUUUCCACGCCCACCAAUUUCCAGACGACCGCAUCUGGCGCGGGAGCCAUGCAAUACUCGUCUUUUGUCCCUGCCGGGCCACAGAACCAGUCUGCAGCCGCACGAUCUGCCGUGCCUAUCGCAAGUGGCCAGAGCAGAUCACUCGGUGCUUCUUCUGGCGCUAACAUGUCUGCCAUUGUCGCCGGACCGCCCAAGAUGGUCGUCAGAUCGAUAAGACCUUAUAGAGCGCGAACGCCCCAAGAGAUCUCAUUCGAGGAGGGCGACUUCUUUCAUGUCGUCGGCACCGGUCCGGAUGGUUCAAGAGAAGGCUCACUGCCGGGCACUGCAGAUGCGGAAGACUGGUACGACGCAGCGAACCCAUCGACCGGCAUGCGUGGCCUCGUACCAAAGUCAUUCUUUCAGGUUCUUGCGCGUAAUGAACGCGAUCAGCGGACUCAGCCUGCUCAGCAACAGAGGCCAUUACAGAAUGCACGCUCGAUGGGGAAUAUGCGUGGCGGUCCAGCCCAGCAGCAAGAGACAGUACCGCCAAUGCCCAGCAACCCACGAGCGAGUAAUUCCCGCAGGCUAUCGGCAUCUGGUCAGCCUGGCAAAGGACCUCUCUAUGGCGUCGUACAAUAUGACUUCAAGGCCGAACGAAGCGAUGAGCUCGACGCUAAGCGCGGCGAGCCCCUCAUAAUUAUUGCACAAUCUAAUCACGAAUGGUUCGUCGCAAAGCCGAUAGGACGUCUCGGCGGGCCUGGCCUCAUCCCAGUCUCCUUUGUCGAGAUACAAGACAUGGCUACGGGCAAAGCGGUCGAUAUCGAUAUCGUCAAUGAGAUGAUCAGAGGAGGCGCUCUGCCGCCUGUUGAGGAAUGGAAGAAGAAUACAGCCGAGUACAAGCAGAGCUCUAUCCCGCUAGGUCGCUUUGACUUCAACAAGAGCGCGCCCGCUUCCAAUGGUUCAGCAGACAGUCGGACGAGUACUACACUCAAUAGCCGGGCUCCAGGGCCCAGCACGAGUAGGCAAGCCAACUCACACUACGAGACCUCGACGGCUAAGCUCACGCCGAACGAAUAUGCUCAAAACGCAUACUCACAUUCUAGUCCGAACCUCGGCGCUCAAGAUGCUAUCUCGCGAGCUAAUUCCACUACGCCAAACGGUCUAUAUACAGACCAACGCGAACCUGGCAGGCAGUCCCAGCAGAGCUCGAGCAGACGGUCCAUGCCGCGCGACGAGCUCACCUCUGCUGGCUUCAAUCAGAGAUACGGGCUCGUGACAAAGGCAGCAGUCGAGUCUUUCCACUUUGAGGAAGGCUCAUUCUGGCUACACGUCCGAGCGACUUUUGCAUCCGGUCUCUCGCUCGUGCUCUACAGACUAUACGAACACUUUUAUGACUUUCAGAUCGCACUCAUGAACGAAUUCCCGGUAGAGGCGGGGAGGGAGUUGCCGCUGCAUGCCAGGCCAGGCGAUCGACCUCAGCGAAUACUACCGAUGAUGCCAGGCCCAACAUCGCAGGUUGACGAGAUCGUAUGCGCACAGCGAGUUGCAGACCUGACGAUCUAUCUGGCCGAGCUCUGUCAGCUACCAAAGUAUAUUAGAGAGAACGCACUUUUCUUUGACUUCUUGUCGCCUCGCAAGGGCGAUGUACAAGUCAACCAGCCCAGCAAAGCGUCAGAACCAGCAGACGGCAUGUCGAACGGCAUGGAACCGACAGGCAGCGGACGCAGUAGUAAUGGUAACGGCCUAACAAAUGGCAUGUCGUCAAUGCGCAUCAGUCCGCAAACGACAAGCGCACAGCCGCCGCGAGCGAUACCGAGUGCGAGUUCGACGGCGAGCUCGCGUUGGACACCGCCCUCGACAUCUACUGCCCACACCUCGGCAUCGUCUGAUCCUCGCAGCUCUCACGGGCGAUCGGGUCUCGUCUCUGCUGGCUCGAUACCGCCCGUGCCGCAAACGAACGGUCGUACCUCACAGCCGCUCGCGCCGCUCACUGCGAGCUUCUUGAAGAUCAAGGUCUUCCAUCGUAACACAGACGAUCUCAUCGCGAUCAGAGUACCGCCGGAUGUCAAUUUUGUGGGAUUGCUCGACAAGAUUCGCGAUCGCUUGGGCGACAAUGUCAACAGGAUCCGGUUCCGUGAAGAGGCAGGUAUGGGCGUACCGCCAAGCGGGGGUCAGGUGCUCGUGGCGGGUGGGGCGAGAUUGAUCGAGCUCUGCGACGAUGAUGAUUUCAAUUGGUGGACGAGGUCGGGGUGCAAAUACAUCUUAUAUGUCGAUUAGGGAACGACGUCAUCCGCACGAUCAUGAUCUUGUCGGUCUGUGUGUAAUCCACGGUUGUACAACACUCUGCAUAUCACCUCUUCUUGUACACGCACGGUUUCAGCAGGUCUGAAGAGAGCUUCAUCAAGUCGUCUUCAUUCUCUGUAGCCCUGCCGGUCUUUCGAAAUUCGAACAAGAUAAAGUGAGUGUUGCUUUUGUCAGUCUUCGACAGCGUAAAUCCAGCUUGUUGAACAAGCCGCAGAAAGGCCUUUACGUCUGUAAAGCGCGAGACGACUUCUGCCAUGUGAAACAGACCGCCUUGCUUGAGUAUCCUCGAGGCUUCCGUGACGCUCUUGAUCCAAUCUGUGCCCAUCAGACUGAGGCAGCAGACGACAGCAUCGACAAUCUGUGCUCCUGGCGUGUCUCGUGCGCCAGGCAGAGGCACAUGACCAUUGCAUUGAGCUUGUAUGAUCCAACCGGACUGGUGCC